AUGGAAUGUAAUAGCUACAACGAAAAGGUAAGGGAGUUAUCCUAUGUUGAAUUCCCAACUCAAUAUGUUUGGAAUGAAUCAGAUAAAGUAUGGACAAGAAAAAAAACAAAGACAAAGUCACUUGGCAGAAUUAAUCAUGUGUCUCCCAAGUCUGGUGAUGUUUAUUACUUACGCAUUUUUCUCAACAAAGUAGAGGGUCCUACUUGCUAUGAACAUCUUAGAACGGUUAAUGGGACCGUUUAUGACUCUUACAAAGAUGCUUGCUACACUCUUGGUCUAUUAGACGAUGAUAGAGAGUACAUAUAUUCUAUACAAGAAACAGAUCAUUGGGCCACCGCGUGUUUCUGCAGGUCUCUAUUUGUUAUGUUGAUUACAUCAGAUAGUCUAUCACGACCACAUCAUGUUUUUAAAGAGACAUAUAAUUGUCAUUCUGAUGAUGUCAUUCAUGUUCGUGAACAAGAAAUAGGCGUGAAAGGCUUGAAGCAAAAACCGGAAGCAAUUUACCACCUAACGUUGUCGUACAUUGAGAAAUCUUUAUUGAGCUGUGGACUGAGUCUUAAGCAAAUACCCAAUAUGCCAUUACAUGAUCAAAAAUAUAUUCAAGAUUCUUGCAAUAUGUUAAUUCAAUAUGAGCUUAAUUAUGAUCCGUCCAGUCUUGAAUCUGAACAUCAACAACUGCAUUCAAUAUUAAAUGUCGAGCAAAAAAAUAUUUAUGAUAUAGUUAUGAAUGAAGUUAACAACAAAAAAGGUGGUAUCUUUUUCCUCCAUGGUUAUGGAGGAACAAGAAAAACAUUUGUUUGGAAGACAUUGUCUGUUGCUAUUAGAUCUAAAGGUGAAGUGGUAUUUAAAGUUGCUUCAAGUGGAAUUGCAACACUCUUGCUUUCUAGUGGUAGGACAGCACAUUCAAGAUUUCAUAUACCACUUAACUUGAAUGAAAAUUCGUUAUGUUCUAUUACGCCAGGUAACGAUGUAGCUGCCCUGUUGAACAAAGCGAGCCUUAUAAUUUGGGACGAAGCCCCAAUGAUGCAUCGUCAUUGUUUCGAAGCAGUUGAUAGGACACUUAGAGAUAUUAUCCUUCCUAAGAACAAUGAUAAACCAUUUGGAGGCAAGACCAUUGUAUUUGGAGGCAACUUUCGACAAAUUCUUCCAGUAAUACAAAGAGGAAAUCGUUCAGAUAUUGUGUAG